AUCAGUGAUCUACCUGCAUUGCUUUCGAUGAAGAUCAUUUUCGUUUUCAGCGACCAUCGUCAAGCCGUGAGCUGUCUACCGGAGCCGCAGCCGGACGAAGAGCACGGCGCAAGUGAUUCUUCGUCGGUGUCCCCCGAUGAUGCAGACGACAGCGACAGUGAAGACGAAAGGCCACCAGUGCUCAGUAUUCACAAUUAUUUCUUACAGUCGAGCGUUAAUGCGACGCUUUCAGAUCGGCUGGCCGCUCGCAUAUACAGGAAAGACACGCUGUCGCUGAAGAACAUGCUGGAUACGCCUCCGCCGGUCGACGACAUACCGAACCAGACAGUGCAGGAACGCCGCGAGAAGAUGGCCGAGGCGUCGAUCAAGCUCGAGAGGAAACUCAGCCAACGACCGACGGCUCGCGAGCUGGAGCAGCGCAAUAUCCUGAAAGGUAGAUGGCCGCGCGGUCCUUCGUUCUUUCGGUCGGAAAUGAUGGAACAACGGAGACGUGUGCUGCUGCGUAAACUUAGCUUUCGCCCAACGAUCGAAGAAUUGAAGGAUCGCCAGAUCAUCAAGUUCAAUGACUAUGUGGAAGUCACUAACGCAGAAUCAUAUGACCGACGUUCAGACAAGCCAUGGGUGCAUCUAACACCGCAGGAGAAGGCUGCCAUUCGCAAGGAACUAAAUGAGUUCAAAAGCUGCGAAAUGGAGGUGCACGAGGCGAGUCGGCAAUUUACCCGCUUCCAUCGGCCUUAG